UUUAGUAUUCAGGAUGAGUACGAAUGUAUGUUUUAAUAAAAAUAGUGAUAAUGUUGUUAACGAAGAAGAUACUAAAGAAGUUAUUUACGCCGAUAAACACGAAUCGAUCGAUUUGGUGCAAAAAUCGCUCGAAGAAGACGCAGUUCGAAAAGCUGAUACGAAAUUUUUGGCUUUUUCUGUUUUGAUAGGAACAAUGCCGUUAAUAUCCAUAGGAGCGAACUUGGUGUGGACAUCUCCGAUGCUACCUUACCUACAAUCCAACGAUUCGAACAUAAACCCCCUGGAGACACCGAUAAGUGUUUGGCAAACGUCGGUAUUAGCGGCGUCGCCGAUUUUCGCUUCGCUAAUCGGACCUGUGCUAUUAUCGAAACUAUCAGAUAUCGUAGGAAGAAAGAAAUUUUUGUUAAUAACGACGAUUGCGAUGCUAUUUUUAUUUGUUAUUCCCGUUUUUCUAAAUCGAUUUUCGUUCUUACUAAUUUGCCGAGUUUCAAUCGCGAUUAUUUCCACGGGUUUCAUCGUCAUUAACCAAGUUUACGUAGCGGAAAUAUGCGAAGACCACAACAGAGCUAAAUAUUUGUGCUUGAGCAACUUAUUUUUACCAACGGGUAACGUGUAUACUUAUCUUUUAGGCGGGUUCCUCGAUUACAUUCGCUUCAAUAUUCUCAUCGCUUUACCUUUAUUAGUUUCGUUGUUUUUCUGCUUCGCGCCGGAAUCUCCGGUACACAGUUUAUCGAAAGGAAAAUUGGCUGAAUGUAAAAACGCUCUGAUUAAAUUGAGAAGUAACAAGAAUGUUCGCGAAAUCGACGCUGAUCUAAAUAAGUUGGACCACCUUCUGAAAUCUACGAAAAGUGAUAGUAGAGUUAACUUUAUCGCUUUAUUUAGAACUAAAACAAAUAGGAGGGCUUUGAAAAUUACUCUUUUGCUACUUGGAGUUAAAUUUCUUUCGGGUAUAGCGCCGAUAGCUUCUUUCCUGGAACCUGUGCUUCGUAAAUCCGGCGCGACGUUUUCGGUCCAUACUUUAACCGUGACUAUAGGUCUGGUACAAAUAAUGACGUUCGUCGUCGCGUCUUUUUUCAUCGAGAAAUUCGGUAGAAAAGUACUUUUGGUAUUUUCUUGUUUUUGCAGCGCUUUCGCGUUGUUUUCAUUCGGUUUAUUUUGUUUUUUAAAAUCCCGUCACUUCAAUAUCGUCGGUUAUUUAAAAUCGACGCCGAUUAUUUGUAUCUUACUGUAUAUUAUAUCGUUUGGUGUCGGUUUGGGUUCGGUAACCAAUACAGUCGUCGCCGAAAUCUUUCCUCCGGAUGUAGUUACCAUCGGGAUGUCUUUGAGUUUCAGUUUGUCUUACGUUGUUAUAUCGGCCACGAUUUUUUUGUUUCCCAUAAUCGAGGCUCACGCUGGGCUGCAUAUCUGCUUGUGGGUUUUCGGGUUUUUUUGUUGUUUGGGUGGCAUUUCGAUUUAUUUAAUUGUGCCCGAAACCAGAGGCAGAACUAGUUUAGAAAUACAAAAAUUACUGCAACGAAAUGCGUCGUAAACCUAAAGAUAAUCCACCAAAAUUAACCCAAGUUUCGAGACGCCAUGACCUAGCCAGCAGGUGUUACAGACUCUGGUCUGGUCUGCAUGGAGCUUAAAUUUUUUGAGUAUUUACUUCUUCCACAUGUUUUAAGACAACUAGCAUCGAUGUAUCUCUAUAUAGGCGAUUUUUGGGACAACCAGCGGCUCCCAAUGGCCUAUCACUCUUCUGCUCUGUUAUGACUCCUCUACAGUAACUUUACCAAUCAAACACUGUUUCCUUAUUGGCUAAACGGUAUAUACAGUCUAUGCCCUUCAAACUAGGGACCUGACGCUGCGCUGAGCUCAACAUUUCUUGAAGAUGGGAGACUUCGUUACAUGAAAAUCACGUUCUUCUGAUCAUAGGAUGGUUUUUUGGUCAUAAACCACCUCUUCCAUUAGCCUGAAAUGACUCCAACUCGUAUUUUUCGUCUUAUUGAAUGAAUUAGGAACUUUAACGAAUCAAAAUCUGCAAUUUUAUAUUCCAUAUUUAGACUUUUCACCCCUUUUUUUACAUAAGUACUAAAUUAAACUAACUGAUCAUUGUUAUAAUUAUUGCUGGAUCCAAAUCAAUGGAUUCGAUGAAUUUUCUCUCGAAAAUAUUUGUUACUUUGCUAAGAAAUUGAAAUCGACAAUUUUUUUCAAUCUCAUUCUUGAAUUUUUGCAAAAUUAUGCCUCCAGCCUUGUCUGUGACAUUUUGAAAAGUUGCCUCACAUAAUAAACUCUGUAUAAUAAACACACGACCCUGUAUAAUAAUCAAAUUCGACCCUAUAUCAUUUAUAAAGUUGAUCCUAUAUAAUAAACACACGACCCUGUAUAAUGAUUAAAUUCUACCAUAUAUAAUUGAUAAAUAAAAUACUGUAUAAUAAACACACGACCCUGUAUAAUAAUCAAAUUCGACCCUAUAUCAUUUAUAAAGUUGAUCCUAUAUAAUAAACACACGACCCUGUAUAAUGAUUAAAUUCUACCAUAUAUAAUUGAUAAAUAAAAUACUGUAUAAUAAACACACGACCCUGUAUAAUAAUCAAAUUCGACCCUAUAUCAUUUAUAAAGUUGAUCCUAUAUAAUAAACACACGACCCUGUAUAAUGAUUAAAUUCUACCAUAUAUAAUUGAUAAACAAAAUACUGUAUAAUAAACACACGACCCUGUAUAAUAAUCAAAUUCGACCCUAUAUCAUUUAUAAAGUUGAUCCUAUAUAAUAAACACACGACCCUGUAUAAUGAUUAAAUUCUACCAUAUAUAAUUGAUAAAUAAAAUACUGUAUAAUAAACACACGACCCUGUAUAAUAAUCAAAUUCGACCCUAUGUCAUUUAUAAAGUUGAUCCUAUAUAAUAAACACACGACCCUGUAUAAUGAUUAAAUUCUACCAUAUAUAAUUGAUAAACAAAAUACUGUAUAAUAAACACAUGACCCUGUAUAAUGAAUAUACCACCCUGUAUAACGAAAUAAAAUUCUGAUGUACAUAUAAAAAUAAAAUAAAUGUAUUAAAUGAUA